GCAGCAGCAGCAGCGCCGCUCUCCAGCUUCUCUCACGCCCACCCAGCCGCUGGGAUUAACUGGACGCCAGCAGCGGAGCGGACAGGGGCUCUCAGGUAAAGCCUGAAAACAUACAUUUUACACACAUCUGGUGCUGGAUCCCAGAAAGUAGCCAUGAAUGACAUUGCACAGAAGGGAGAGAUUAUCCUUUCUUCGUCUAAACCUGUCCCAAAGUCCUAUGUGCCCAAACUUCGGAAGGGAGAUGUAAAGGAUAAAUUUGAAGCCAUGCAAAAAGCAAGGGAAGAAAGAAAUCAAAGACGAUCUAGAGAUGAAAAGCAAAGAAGAAAAGAACAAUAUGUUAGAGAGAGAGAAUGGAACAGGCGAAAGCAGGAGAUGAAAGAACUACUUGCUUCUGAUGAUGAAGAAGAAACACAGUCUUCUAAAGUGGACAAAGCUUAUGUUCCAAAACUGACAGGUACUGUCAAAGGAAAGUUUGCUGAAAUGGCAAAGCAAAGGCAAGAAGAAGAAAGAAAAAGAAUGGAAGAAGAAAGACACCGAAGAAUUGAACAAGACAUGAUAGAGAAGAGGAAAAUUCAGAGAGAACUGGCAAAGAGGGCACAAGAGAUUGAUGAACAAUUUAACAAUUCGGGAACUGAAUCAACAUCAGAGGAAGGUGAUGAUUCAUUGCUAAUAACUGUAGUUCCUGUAAAAAAUACCAAAUCACCUGGGAAGAUGAAAAUAAGUUUUGAGGAUCUAGAAAAAGAGAGAGAAGAACAAGAAAGGCAAAAACACGAAGAAGAAAAACGAUUGAGAUAUGAGCAGGAAAAGCAAGCUCUCAAGGAAGUAAAAUAUUUUUCACCAGUUGCGGAUGAAGAUGAAAGCCAAGACAGUGAAAGAAAAGAAUCUCCCUCUCCUGGAAAAGUGAAAUUAACAUUUGAAGAACUAGAAAGACAAAGACAGGAAAAUCAGAGGAAGCAAGCAGAAGAGGAGGCAAGGCAACGCUUAGAAGAGGAAAAACGUGCCUUUGAGGAAGCAAGGCAGCAAAUGAUGACUGAAGAUGCUGAUGAUACAGAGAGUGAAAAUUCUGUCAAGGAGUUGCAUCCUGGAAAACUGAUACUUGGCUUUGAGGAAUUAGAAAGACAAAGGCAAGAAGAAGAAAAAAGAAAAACAGAAGAGGAGGCCAGAAGGCGUAUAGAAGAGGAGAAAAAGGCAUUUGCUGAAGCAAGAAAAAGCAUGAUUCCAGAUGAUGAGUCGUCACAGAUCUCAAAAACUGUAUCUCAAGAAUCUCUUACACCUGGAAAACUGGAAAUAAACUUUGAAGAGUUACUGAGGCAGAAAAUGGAAGAAGAAAAGAGACGCACAGAAGAAGAGCGCAGACAAAAACUGGAAAUGGAAAAGCAUGAGUUUGAGCAGCUUAGACAAGAAAUGGGAGAGCAGGAGGAAGAGUGCGAAACCUUUGAGUUAAGCAGGGAAUAUGAAGAACUAAUAAGAUUAAAAAGAAGUGGCUCCAUUCAAGCAAAGAACUUAAAAAAGAAGUUUGAAAAAAUUGGGCAAUUGUCUGAAGAAGAAAUACAGAAAAAAAUUGAGGAGGAAAGAGCACGGAGGAGAGCUAUGGACCAGGAAAUAAAAGAAAGGGAAGCAGAGAAAUUUCAGGAGGAAGAUGGAGUGGAUGUGAAACCAGCCACAAAAUCUGAAGCUCCAUUUACACACAAAGUCAACAUGAAAGCUCGAUUUGAAAAAAUGGCAAAGGCAAGAGAAGAGGAGGAACAAAGAAGAAUUGAAGAACAGAAGCUUUUACGCAUGCAAUUUGAACAGAAAGAAAUUGAUGCAGCAUUACAAAAGAAAAAAGAAGAGGAGGAAGAUGACGAUGGGAGCAUUGUUAAUGGCUCCGUUUAUGAAGAUGAAGAACAGCAAGCAAGGUCUGGGGCCCCAUGGUUCAAGAAGCCUCUUAAAAAUGUGUCAGUUGUGGAUGGUGAACCAGUAAGAUUUACUGUCAAAAUAACUGGAGAACCCAAACCAGAAAUUACAUGGUGGUUUGAAGGGGAAAUGUUACAGGACUGUGAGGACUAUCAAUAUAUUGAGAGAGGAGAAACCUUCUGUCUUUACUUACCAGAAACUUUCCCAGAAGAUGAAGGAGAAUAUAUGUGUAAAGCAGUAAACAGCAGAGGAACAGCAGCUAGCACCUGUAUUCUCACCAUUGAAACUGAUGACUAUUAAUAGCCUACUUUUUCUGGAGCCUUCCUUCUCUAAAUUUACUGCAUUCAUCUCUUUCUGUCUGUGGUGGGGCCAACAAGAAAAAUGUCUGUCAUUCCUGAAAUAAGAUAUCCAAUUGCCUGUUUUAAACUUCUGUACUUCAAACAGU